AUGGGGAAGGGGGCGCGGGCCCCCCGCCGCCCGCCGGGACGCGGCCCCGCGCUGCCGCCGCCGCCGCCGCCGCUGCUGCUGCUGCUGCUGCCCGCGCUGGCCCUGCUCGGAGCCGCCGCGCCAGAUGAUGACUUUUUUCAUGAACUCCCAGAAUCAUUCCCAUCUGACCCACCUGAGCCUCUUCCACACUUCCUUAUUGAGCCAGAAGAAGCUUAUAUUGUGAAGAAUAAGCCUGUGAACCUCCAUUGCAAAGCCAGCCCUGCUACCCAGAUCUACUUCAAGUGCAACAGUGAGUGGGUUCAUCAGAAGGACCACACCGUCGACGAGAGAGUAGACGAGACUUCUGGUCUCAUUGUCCGGGAGGUGAGCAUCGAGAUCUCACGGCAGCAGGUGGAGGAGCUCUUCGGGCCCGAGGACUACUGGUGCCAGUGCGUGGCCUGGAGUUCGGCGGGCACCACCAAGAGCCGGAAGGCCUACGUGCGCAUCGCAUAUUUACGGAAGACGUUUGAGCAAGAGCCCCUGGGCAAGGAAGUGUCCCUGGAACAGGAAGUCUUGCUGCAGUGCCGGCCCCCGGAAGGGAUCCCAGUGGCUGAAGUGGAGUGGCUGAAGAACGAAGACAUCAUCGACCCCGUGGAGGACAGAAAUUUCUACAUCACCAUCGACCACAACCUCAUCAUCAAGCAGGCCCGCCUCUCCGACACGGCCAACUACACGUGCGUAGCCAAGAACAUCGUCGCCAAGAGGAAGAGCACCACGGCGACCGUCCUGGUGUACGUGAACGGGGGCUGGUCCACGUGGACGGAGUGGUCAGCGUGUAACAGCCGCUGUGGCCGGGGCUUUCAGAAGCGCACGCGGACCUGCACCAACCCAGCACCGCUCAAUGGUGGGGCCUUCUGUGAGGGCCAGAGUGUCCACAAGGUGGCCUGUACCACACUGUGCCCAGUGGACGGCAGGUGGACAUCCUGGAGCAAGUGGUCCACUUGCGGGACUGAGUGCGCUCACUGGCGCCGGAGGGAGUGCACAGCGCCCGCCCCAAAGAAUGGAGGCAAGGACUGCGAUGGCCUGGUCCUGCAAUCCAAGAACUGCACCGAUGGCCUUUGCAUGCAGACUGCGCCUGACUCGGACGACGUGGCACUGUACGUGGGCAUCGUGAUCGCCGUGAUCGUCUGCCUGGCCAUUUCCGCCGCCGUGGCCCUGUUUGUGUAUCGGAAGAAUCACCGUGACUUUGAGUCGGAUAUUAUUGACUCCUCAGCUCUCAAUGGAGGCUUCCAGCCUGUGAACAUCAAAGCAGCAAGACAAGACCUCCUGACCGUGCCCCCAGACCUCACGUCGGCCGCAGCCAUGUACCGGGGACCCGUGUAUGCACUGCAUGACGUCUCCGACAAGAUCCCCAUGACCAACUCUCCGAUCCUGGACCCACUGCCAAGCUUGAAAAUCAAAGUCUACAACACCUCCGGGGCUGUCACCCCCCAGGACGAACUGUCCGAGUUUGCGUCCAAACUGUCCCCGCAGAUGACCCAGUCCUUGCUGGAGAAUGAGGCCCUCAACCUGAAGGCCCACAGCCUGGCAAGGCAGACGGACCCAUCUUGCACUGCGUUUGGCACCUUCAACUCCCUCGGGGGGCACCUCAUCGUUCCCAAUUCAGGAGUGAGCUUGCUGAUUCCCACCGGGGCCAUUCCCCAGGGGAGAGUCUACGAAAUGUACGUGACUGUCCACAGGAAAGAAGCCAUGAGGCCCCCCGUGGAAGAGACCCAGACCCUACUGACCCCCGUGGUGAGCUGCGGGCCUCCUGGUGCACUGCUAACACGCCCCGUCAUCCUCACGGUACACCACUGCGCCGACCCCAACACCGAGGACUGGAAGAUUCAGCUCAAGACCCAGACGACCCAGGGACAGUGGGAGGAUGUGGUGGUGGUGGGGGAGGAGAACUUCACGACGCCUUGCUACGUCCAGCUGGACGCUGAGGCUUGCCACCUGCUCACGGAGGACCUCAGCACCUACGCCCUGGUCGGCCAGUCCACCUCCAAGACGGCCGCCAAGCGCCUGAAGCUGGCCAUCUUUGGGCCCGUGUGCUGCUCCUCGCUGGAGUACAGCAUCCGUGUCUACUGUCUGGACGACACCCAGGAUGCCCUGAAGGAAGUUCUGCAGCUGGAGAGGCAGAUGGGCGGGCAGCUCCUGGAGGAACCAAAGGCUCUUCACUUCAAAGGCAGUGCCCACAACCUGCGCCUGUCCAUCCACGACCUCGCCCACUCCCACUGGAAGAGCAAGCUGCUCGCCAAGUACCAGGAGAUCCCCUUCUCGCAUGUGUGGGGCGGCUCCCCACGGCUCCGCCACUGCACCUUCACCCUGGAGAGGCUCAGCCGGAGCACCGUGGAGCUGGUCUGCAAGCUCUGUGUGCGGCAGGUGGAAGGCGAAGGGCAGAUCUUCCAGCUGAACUGCACCGUGUCCGAGGAGCCUACUGGCAUGAACCUGCCUCUGCUGGACCCAGCAGACACCGUCACCACCAUGACGGGGCCCAGAGCCUUCAGCAUCCCGCCCCCCAUCCGGCAGAAGCUCUGCAGCAGCCUGGACGCCCCCCAGACCCGGGGGCACGACUGGAGGAUGCUGGCUCACAAGCUCAGCCUGGACAGGUACUUGAAUUACUUUGCCACCAAAUCGAGCCCGACCGGUGUGAUCCUGGAUCUCUGGGAAGCCCAGAAUUUCCCUGAUGGAAACCUGAGCACGCUGGCAGCCGUCCUGGAAGACAUGGGGAGACAUGAGGCAAUCGCAUCGCUCGGGGCAGAAGGGCAGUACUGA